AUGAGAACGAAUGCGCUUAUGACGAGGGGGAGAACGGAAAGGGAGGAGAGGAGAUCCGGUGUGAUAUGGUCGGAGCAAUACCACCUCUCCCCGUCCCCCUCCUCCGCUCCUCCAUUCCUCUGCCUCCCAACCUCCUUCGCCCUCCUCUCCUCCCCUCCCCCGCCAACCACCACUGCCGCAGCAUCCGCGUUCGCCUCCGCCUUCCCCUUCCCCCCAUCCCUCCCCCCGCCCUCCCCGCCUCACUUAGAGGACUGCUUCGCCCGCACGUCCGCGCGCCUGCGCCUGGAGAUGCAGCACCCGGGGGGAAUUGAGGGGGAGGGGUCCAGCAGUGGGGGGAAGGGGCCGACCUGGUUGGGGGGGGAAUGGUAUCGAGAGCCGGGGGGGGCGAGUGCAGGAGAGACGGGUGCGGAGGGGGGCGAAGGAGGAGGGGGAGUGCAGGGGCAGACGAGGGGAAGAAGGUUGUUUGAUCCAGAGGGGAUGGAGGGAGCAGGUGGGGGAAGCGAAGGGGGAGGCGAAACGGGAGGAGAGGAGAGGGGAGGCGGUGGAUCGGGUGGCGUGCAAAGGAGGAGGAGGAGAGUGAGGAAGCGAGGAGGGCGGCAGGAGGUGGCGAUGAGUGGUGGGUCCAUUGGCGCGCAUGUGAAAACCAUGCCCCGCCCGCCCUGGGUGAGUGCGUGUGCGUCGCAGCCUGACACGCGCACAUGGAGAUGCAUGGUUGGAAAGCAUGGGGGGAGGCAUGCAUGGGAGACAUGGGAGGGGGAGGCACGGGUACCAUCAGCCUUCUCGAUCUUGGGCUAUGCUGCUCUGCCUGCCACAGAGUGCCACUUACUCUGCCCACAUGCUUUUCCUGCCAUGUCGAUUACCAACAUGCCUGCCUCCCUGCCUGCUCUGUUCCCCUUCCGUUGCUCUAUCCCUUCACUCUACCUAUCCGUCUCUCCCCGCCUCUCACCCAUCUUCCUCCCUCCCCGUCCGCCCCUCUCUUUCCCCCGUAUCUCUACUCCCCUUCUCUCCCCGUUCCCCCACCUCCUGACUCAGGUGCGAGGUCCAGACACCUCGCUCCUGCCCUUCACUCGCACAGCUCAGCGGGACAUCUGGUUACACCAAUUCCCGCCCUCCUCCUGCUCCCCUCCGCCCACCCCUCCCGCUUCUACUCCCCCUCCUCGCGCCCCUCGCUUCCUACUCCUGCCCUGGCCUCAAUUCAACACGCAAGGAGAAGAAUUUGCUGCAGCAGCGGAAGCAGCAGCAGCGGGGACGGAGAGCAUUGUAGCAGCGGGGGCAGGAGGACGAGUGGAGGAGGAGGAGGUGGCAUCAGGGGUGGUGGCAGUGGCAGCGGCGCUGGCAGUGGGGCUUGCCACAGGGCGAAUAGUGGUGCCCAUGGACCAGGACAGUGCGCUGCUGGGGGAGCAGGGGGCGCAGCAGGGGAGUGAGUCAAACGCUGCCGAGCUCUGUGAAAGUGCUGGGAAGGCGUCCUUCCACCGCCUCUUCUUCCCACUCACGUCCGCUGCCUGUCGAUCGUCCGCCCUCCAUCUCGCUGCCUCCACCAAUCCCAACCGUCCAUCGGCCGCUGCCACCCUGGAGCAGCAGCUACUAUCAGACGACCCCAUCGUGUGGUUACCACCUGAAUUCAUAACCGCUGCAGCCGGAGACGCUGCUGCUGGGUACGCAGCACAGGCGGGGGGAGGGGAGGCAGCACGAUCACGAGAACGGGUGCCGGGAGGAGUGGGAGGGGCGCGGAAUGGAACUUGGAUGUGGGGUUACCUGCCGCGGCUUGUUGGCACGAGCAGAGGCAAGCUGGUGCUCGCACACCUUGCUCAGCGCAUCGCCAAGGCCAAGGGCUGGGACCGGCCCUGGGCACAAGGCGUGGCGAAUGUGUCGAAUGCAGAUGCCUCCCUCAAGCACCGGUGGUUGUUGGCACAGCUGCUGCGCUUUGUGCUGCGCUGGCCCUCUCUGCACACGUGCCAUCUCGCCAACACUGCUCGCCACCACGCCCUGGGAGACCACGUGUCGCUGCAGCUCGCCUCAUCCUACUCCGCCCUCCUCUCCCUCCCCGAGACGGAUCCUCCUGCCCAUGCCGCCGAUGCUGCUGCCGCUGCUGAUGCCGCUGCUGGCGCUGCUGCUGGUGGUGGUGCUGCUGCUGCUGAGGGUGGUGCUGAUCCCGGUCCUGGAGGUGAAGCAGCAGCGGUGGGUGAUGCAGCGGGUAUGCGCAAGGCUGGAGGGGAAGCAGACGAGGGAUGGGGCAGGGGCGAGGAUGAGUGGAGCGAGGAGUACGAGUCGCCUUGGCAGCCUGCGAAAGAGAACACUGCAGGUGAGGUAGUGAUAGACAAGCAGGCAGCACAGCAGCAAGAACAGGAGCAGCAGGAGGUGAUCGAGAGAGAUACAUUGGAAUUCAGGGCACCAGCCAGACGAGCAGCGGAAGUAGUACAGCCACCAGCCGCUGCAGACCCAACUUCCACAGCACAGGCUAUUUCCACAGCACAACCACACCCCACCUCAUCACCUCAACAAACCCAUACACCUCAACCCAUCUCUUCACAACCACCAGCCCAUGCAGCAGCAGCGGCGCGGGCACUGAGCGAGCAGGCGCUACUGGAAGGGCUACCGCCCAAGGAGCUCUAUGCCAUGCGCUCCUUCUCCCUCUUCCCCGCCUCCUCCCUCCACUCCUCCCUCUGGGCAUGGGACGACGCAGGCGGACCAGAGCCAUACGUGCCCCGCCCCAUUGCCAGCGUGCACGUGGGGAAGGCGUCGGAAUGGGGGAAGGAUGAGGGUCCCGGGGGAGAGGGUGUGGCGGCAGGGUGGCUGGUGCAGGUGCAGCAGCAGCGGCUGAGAGUGCCGAAUCUGAAGACUCUGUGGAUGUCCAUACCGGGGGAAUGCCAGCUGGUGACCUCUCUGCCCAGGGGAUGGACCUGCAUGGCCCCACCCACCCCUUCCAAUCCAGCCGUCCCCACUACAACAGAGCCUGCUGUUGCUGCUAGUGCUGGUGCUGCUGCGGCUGCCCAAACAGUGGCGUCUCUAUUGAUAGCUGGGAGAUGCGAUGUGCAUGUGGAUGGCGGGGUAGCAGCAGGGCAGCAGCAGCAGCAGCAGCUUGUGGGGCAAGCGGAUUUGGAUGUGUGUUUAGCCAUCGCAAGCGUGUGCGAGCAGCUCUACUCCCGCGACCUUCGCCAAACGCACCCCUUCGCCGACCUCGUUCACAGCCACACGAGCCUGCAGGCACAGGCCGCCACGUGGCAGCGCCAGAGCGAGGCGGAGCGGGUGCGCGCGGCGAGCCUGCAGGAGGAGAAGGCGGCGCUGCUGGCGCAGCUCAUGGCGCUUAACGAAUCGACCGCCACUGUACGCGUUACAAGCGCAAUUUCCAGUUCCACCUCCCCCCACGUUCUCCUGUGCCGUCAAUCCAUCUACUCCUUCUUACCAACUCUAUCCCAGUAUUCUCGUUAUCUCCUAACUCGCCUCUCAUUCCCUCUCCCCUGCUUCCCUUCUCUCCCAUGCCUCCCUUCUCCCUUCCGCCACAUGCUCCCUCGUCCCUGUGCUUCCCCUCCCCCUCCUCUCCUCCUCCUCUCCCUCCCUCCCAAGCCCUCUCCCCCUCCCGUCCUCCAACAGUCGGAGCAAGUGACCUCAUUACAGCAGCGAGUGGAGCAGCUAUCAGCGGACUCGGAGCAAGUAACCUCGCUGCAGCAGCGAGUGGAGCAGCUGUCAGCGGACGUGGCAGCAAGUGGGCGCACGGCAGCGCAGGCCAGUGGCGAGCUCGUGACAGCCGUGGCGGCGGUGGCGGCGCUGAGGGACGACGCGGGCAUCAAGGCAGAGCGGAUUCGCACUCUGGAGGAGGAGCUGCGCGCUGCCCUCGAGGCAGUGCAGGAGCUGCGGGGAGCGGUGCAGCACAAGGAGACAGCCAUCGAGUUGGCAGCAGCAGAGGCAGCGGCGUGCCGGGCGGAGGUGCGGGCAGCAGAGGAGAGGGCGGCGGGCGUGGAGCGCGAGAACCGCAUGCUGGUGGACCGAUGGACGCACCUCAAACUGCACCAGGCUGACACACUCAAUGAGGCCAAUCAGCUGUACGAGGAUCUGGUGGAGCGCACGCGCGCCUCCUCCCGCGCGCUGCAGCACCUGGCCUCACAACAACCCCUCGGCAUCCUCCAGCUCGCCGAGCCCGGCGUCUCCCCCCGCCUCGUCUCCACGCACGCCCCCUCGCGCGCCCUGCGCUCGCACCGCUGCCACGACUCCGCGUGCUGCUCGCUCGCCAUGAGCGCUGCGGGCCACCGCGUGAUCACAGGCGGGGAGGAUGGGGCAGUCAAGGUGUGGGAUGCGCACAGGAGUGCGCUGCUGGAUACGGCUAGAGGGUGCCUGGGGGCUGUUAUGGACCUUGCUGUGCUGGGGAGUGAGGGUGGUGGGGGAGGGGGAGGGGGAGCGGACGGCAGGAGGCGCAGCAGCGGUGGUGGUUCUAAUGGUGCGGAUUCGGCCCCGUCGCUCCCCCACGGUUUUUCUGCGCUGCUGGCGGCGUGCUCGGACCACAAGCUGUACCUAUGGGAUGCUGCCACGUGGCAGCUGAGGCACACGCUCACGGGGCACACGGACAAGGUCGUAGCAGUGGACGUGGACGAACACAGAGGGGGGGGCACUGGCACAACUGGGGGAGGUGGUAUCGCCAGCAGCAGCAGCACCAGCAGCAGUGCGCGGGCCAUCAGUGCGGCGUACGAUCGCAGCAUGAAGCUAUGGGACCUGGAGCGCGGCUUUGCCACAGUCACCUUGCUCUGCCACAGCAACUGCAAUGCUCUGCGCUUCGCCCCGGGGGGACUUUCCGCAAUCUGUUCAGGCCACGCAGACGGACACCUGCGCAUGUGGGACGUGCGGUCGGGGAAGCUAGCCAACGAAGUAGCUGCUCACGCCGCAGCCAUCACCUCCCUCGCGCUCUCCUCCUCGGCCGUCUCGGCGCGUCACAGCGGCGGCGGCGCAUCUGCGGCGAGUAUCUACGAUUUGGUGACGUGCGGGCGGGACAACAUUCUCCGGGUGUUUGACCUGCGCUCGCUGGCAGCGAAGCAGGUGCUGAGGGGCCCGCAUGGGUUCAGAGUGGCGUCCAACUGGAGCCGUGCGUGUGUGAGCCCGACAGACGAGUACGUGGCAGCUGGCAGCAUGGAUGGGUCCGUGGUCGUGUGGAGCAGACGCACUGCUGCUGUGGAGCGCCACCUGAGGCCCGCGCCUGCCUUGGCUUCAGGUGCCGGUUCAGGUGCUGGUUCAGGUGGCUCUGCUGGCUUGGCCUCGGGAGCUGCUGCUGCUGCUGUAGCGCCUAUCUUGACGAGUGUGUGGGGAAGCUGUGGGUUGCCUUUGGUCACUGGUGACAGGGCUGGUGUGGUGACAACGUGGGAGUGA